GCAUUGGCAUCCUUCGUCGCUCACAUCUCCGCAGACUUCCCUCGCUGAAAUCUUUCGUCGGACUUUGAUCCCAACAUGAGCAGCAUUGAAGCAGGACCAAUCCCUGGCGCUGGAAUCAUGGACUGCAACUUCAUGUCAGAGCGCGCCGAGUCUCAGGCGUACCGGUGCAAGGCCCUGGAGCACCGGCGGGAGAGAGACGACUUGCUAGCGCGGUCCUUCGACGCCCACGGCCAGGGGCUGUUCCUGGCCUCGGCCUACUACAGCCAGCUGGCGAGGAUCCACCACGACGCGAUGACCAUGGCCAACCAGCGGGCCGCCGCCAUCAUCGCCUCCUUCGUCAACAAGCGGCAUCUUCUCACGCCGGAAACCACGCUGGAUCUGCAUUACCUCCACGUCGGGGAGGCCCUCGCUCUUCUCGGAGACUUCUUGGAGCGGGAGAGGCGCCGCAAAGGGCCCGAGGAGGAGCGGCAGGUGGUUAUCGUCACGGGGCGCGGAGCCCACAGCAACGGGCCCGCCAGAGUCAAGGACGCAGUCGUGAAGUUCCUGGAACAUAAGCGAAUGCGAUACACGGAGCAGAAUCCCGGACGUCUUGCUGUCACCUUGUAGCAUUUAAAA